GUUCAUUCAUUUUAGUUUUUAAACAAAAAAAAAAUAUUUGUAUCAGUUUAUUUAAACACAAUUUAAUAAUAUUGCGGUAAUAUAAAAAUGAGAAUUUAGUAGUUGAGAUGAUAGAAAUUGAUUAAGGAAAAUGAAUCAAACAAGAAACAACUACAAAAAUCAGUGUUGAUAAAGAAUAUAGAAAGUAUGAUUAUUCAAAGAACUUUGACAAGACAUUGACAGAAGAAGAACAAGAAGAUCCAACGAUUUGUUCGUCAAAGUUACUUGAACAUCAAUCUCAAUUAGAGAAUCGUCUACUCACUCGUGAAGAUCUGAUUAAUUUAGACAAAAUUGAACCUCGUUGGAGAUAUAUUUGAUAGGAUUAUUAAUUGGAUUCGGGAUUAUAUUUUUUGGUCUUUUAGCAGCAUGUAUUGUUUACAUAAUUGUUGGAGAAAAUGUCCAUCUGUGCCCAAAUUACCAUUUUGGAAAUCAACAGUUGGUUACUGGUUAGAUGUGUUUGCAUUUAAAGACUCUUCUGGCGAUUUAGUCGGAGAUCUAAACGGACUCACAUCUGAAGUAGAUUACAUCAAAACUGUAGUCGGUGCAGGAUAUGUGAUAUUAGGUCCCAUUACUAAAGGAUUUUACACUAAUUCAUACAAUAUGCUCGGAUUAGUGGAAGAUUACGAGCAGUUAGAUGAGGCAGUCGGUACAAUGGCUGAUUUUCGUAUUCUUUUAAAACAAUUUCAUAAAAAGGAUAUAAAAGUUAUCUUGACAUUCGAUUUCAAUGCGAUAUCCAUCAGUCAUAAAUGGAUCAUACAGAACAAAGUCAAACUGACGUUGUUUGAUGAUGACUUUAAGAACAAGAAGUCACGAUAUGGAAAUCGAUUGGACGUGAAUAUUAGUCAUCAAAAUACUAUUCAGUUUUUGAAUAUCCAAGCAUAG